AGAUGGUUAGGAAGAAAUGUGCUAUUGUGAUCUAAUAAAGACAAUCUGAAGGAGAUUUAUAAUGUGGAAUCCAGAUUUGAGAUCACUAAGUUAAUGCAAAAUUAUGCAAGAUCAUCUAAUAUACUCAGAGCUCUGCAUGCCUAUAAAAGAAGCUAUUUCAUCACCUUAUCGCACAGUGACAGUGUGUCAUCGCUAGCGAGCUCACUCACUCGCCAUGGCCAUUCCCCACGCCUUCCUCCCUCUCCUCUUCCUGCUCCACCUUUCCGCCGCCACCGAACUCCGCCUUUUCCACUCCGCCGACCUCCACUCGCGCUCCCCGCUCGAAUCCGCCCUCGCACUCGCCGGCGCUGCCGACGCCUCCCGCCUCACCUUCCUCUCCUCCAAGCCUACCUCCGUCCCCCUCGCCUCCGGCCAACAGGUCCUCCAGUCCUCCUCCUACGUCCUCCGCACCAAGCUCGGCUUCCCGCCGCAGCAGAUCCUCCUCGCCCUCGACACCAGCGCCGACGCCACCUGGGCCCCCUGCUCCCCCUGCUCCUCCUGCCCCGCCGCCGCUUCCCAAUUCCUCCCGGCCAACUCCUCCACCUACGCCUCGCUGCCCUGCUCCUCCUCCUGGUGCCCCCAAUUCAAGGGCCAGGCUUGCGCCGCUGUCGCCGGCCCCGCCGGCCCCUGCGCCUUCACCCAGACAUACGGCGGCGACGCCUCCUUCUCCGCCGUCGUCGUCCAGGACUCGCUCUACCUCGCCUCCGACGUCCUCCCCAGUUACGUCUUCGGAUGCGUCAACGCCAUCGACGGCAACGCCGCCAAUCUCCCAAAGCAGGGACUUUUAGGGUUAGGUCGCGGCCCUACGUCGCUCCUUUCCCAGUCCGGUGACCUUUACCAGGGCGUGUUCUCUUACUGCUUGCCCAGCUUUAAGUCCUACUACUUUUCCGGUUCGCUCCGGCUCGGCCCACUGGGCCAGCCCAAGAGAGCCCGGUUCGCUCCCCUUCUCAAGAACCCGCACCGGCCGUCCCUGUACUACGUGAACCUGGUCGGUGUCACGGUGGGCCGCGUCCAGGUGGCCGUGCCGCCCGACUCGUUCGCGUUCGACCCAGCCACCGGCUCCGGGACCGUGGUCGACACGGGGACGGUGAUCUCGCGGUUCGUGGCCCCGGCGUACGCGGCGAUCCGCGACGAGUUCCGGCGGCAGGCGAACGCCUCCAGCGGCUACACCUCGCUGGGGGCGUUCGACACCUGCUUCAGCACGAACGAGGUGGCGACGCCGCCGUCGGUGACCCUGCGGCUGGAGGGCCUCGACCUGACGCUGCCCGUGGAGAACACUCUGGUCCACAGCAGCGCGACCCCGCUGGCGUGCCUGGCCAUGGCGGCAGCGCCGGCGAACGUGAACGCGGUGGUGAACGUGAUCGCCAGCUUGCAGCAGCAGAAUCUGAGGGUGGUGGUGGACGCGGCCAACAACCGGGUGGGCUUCGCGCGGGAGCUCUGCAAUUGAUUAACUAUAAUCGGUGCUCUUUAAAAUUCGGUAGUUUAGGGAUCUCUGCAACCAGUUGCUUGUCGUCUUUCCUUUGCUUAAUUGUAGCGUCACGCGUUGCUUGUCUUCCUGUCUCCGGUUCUUCUGCUCGUCGUCUGUGUUGUUUGUUCUUUUCUACAAAUGGAAUGAGGUGUAACGUGCAAGGAGAUGGAUGCGAUCGUGUUAAUUUCCGAUGCAAGGCAAAGUGAGCUGGACUUUAUUUAAGAUUUAA